AUAAAUACCCACAUUUUUUCUUUCAGAGUGCCACAUAUGUUUUUUUAUAACUCACAGUAUACCAACCAAUCCCAUUUGUCUAUGGAAUGGGCUGAUCAGUCGCCUGAUGGUAGCAAUAAACUUCAGAACACAAUCACAAGACAAAAAAGGGACAAAAAGCAAAAGAGACAAAUAAUACACAAUCGAAAAUGAGGACUUUACUGAAAUAAUGCUGAUGGGAAAGGCUGAUCAGUCUCAUUUCUGCGGUCACUAACAAAACCAACUGCCAGGUUUCCAGAAUAACAACUGAGUGUGUAUGAGCUUUUUUUAAAUUCAGUCUCAACUUAGAGAAUUGUACACUACCACAACUAAAAGGACAAGGAAGCCUCAGGAAGAGCAGGCCACUCGUGAAUUUAGCUGAGCAGAAACCACAGUGAAUUAAGGAACUGGAUACUUUGCAAUUAUUUCCCAAAGAAGCCCCCUGCAACAAGUUUUACAAGGAAUAUUGCCAAGCCUGGAAAUAGUGCAAGAUGCACAUUUAACAAGACAAGUUGGAAAAAGCAUCAACACAGAGCAUUCACAGUGACAGAUGGUGGAAGGAGAAGGCAGGUUGCCAAAGCAAACCUCUACAUCUGACCACAGGAGAAAUACAGAUGCUGAGUGUUUCCAGUACUCUCUGCUUUCAUUGAGCUCUGUGGGAAGAAUUUUCUGCCUCACCAGAAUGAACUCCAUCAGCGCGCCAACCAAAACAGCUGGAGGCCCCACAUCCCCUAGGAAAGGACCGCCGAAGUUCAAACAACGAGCAACCCGACAGUUCAAGAGCAAACCCCCAAAGGCAGGCGUGAAAGGGUUUGGCGAUGAUAUCCCUGGGAUGGAGGGACUCGGCACAGAUAUUACUGUGAUUUGCCCCUGGGAAGCUUUCAGCCACUUGGAGCUUCACGAGCUGGCUCAAUAUGGAAUCGUCUGACACAGGCAGGGAAAUGCAGACCGAACUUCAGGGAGUAGCUGGUGUUUCUGCUGCAGCAUUAAUCCUAGUGAGGCGGAAGGAGCAGAGUUACUAUUAGAAUCCACUGUGUGCUGUACUUCACCAUUACUGUUCACCAUCUGAAGCCUGAACAUUAAUGUAGCUGUCAGUUUUCAUACAACGACUGUGAAGGGCACUGUAUAGUCACCAUACAUAUUCAUGGGUUUAAUUGCUUUUGUGGAUUUCUGGAAAGUUGUAAAGUUCUACUUUUUAGUACAGAAUUUUGAUUAUUGCAUUGGUCAUUUUCUGUUCCAUUCAUUAAAAAGUCGGUUUGGAUUCUCUCCAGGAGAAACGUGCGGAAAGAUUUCGCCCAGCAACAAACACAAAAUGCUGGAGGAACUCAAUUGAGUUUCUAAAGUCCUGGUCUUGGCCCAAAACAUCGGCUGUAUUCUUUUUCAUAGAUGCUGCCUGGCCUGCCGAGAUCCCCAGUCCUGACGAAGGGUCUCGGCCCAAAACAUCGGCUGUACCCUUUUCUAUAGAUGAUGCCUGGCCUGCUGAGUUCCUCCAGCAUUUUGUGUGUGUUGCUCGGAU